AUGGCAAGGACAGCCGCAUCUCGCGCUACGAGCGCAAAGCCUGCUGAGAAGAAGUCCGUCAAGGAAGUCAAAGCCAAUGGCACUGCCCCACGAAAAGUUACAAAGAAGAGUGACGACGCGCCCGCUACCAAUGGUGUAGCUGAGGAGACAAAAUCUGUUGAUGAAAAGACCGAAGCAGUCGAAGCACCAGCUCAAAAGCCUGCUGCACGCGGUCGCGCGAAGAAGACGGAGACUCCUACGGCUGAGCCCAAGGUCGCAACUAAGAAGACAACUAAGCGCAAGAAAGAUGAGGAGAGCGAGCAGGAAGCGGAAGAGGCUCCCGCGCCUGCUGUAAAGAAGGCCAAGGUCAACGGUGCGAAGGUUGCGCCAAAGGCCGCGCCAAAGGCCGCUCCUAAGCCUGCUCCUAAGCCUGCUCCCGAGGCUGCUCCAGAGACCGCACCCGAGGGCGAGCCUGAAGCGUCGCCAGAGCCCACACCCGAAGCUGCCUCCAAGGUCGAGUCCAAGGCCCCAACGCCACAAGCUGAGCCCAAGGCCAAGAUCAACCCCGCCCUUAUCCCGAACCCCAAGGGCCCAAGACGCGCAAAGGGAAAGAAGACCGAAAUCAACGCCAUCCGCUACACUGAGCCGCUCAAGGUUUUCGUAUUCGGUGAGGGUGGUUCUGGUGAACUUGGAUUCGGGGCCACGAAAAAGGCCAUUGAUGUCAAGCGACCACGCUACAAUGAAGCCCUGACGAACAUGAACGUCGUUAGGAUCGCUACUGGCGGUAUGCACGUUGUUGCGCUGACAAAGGACAACAAGAUCCUGACAUGGGGCGUAAACGACAACGGUGCGCUUGGGCGUGACACAUCCAACGCCAACGUCAAGAUGCGCGACGUCGGCGCAGACGAUUCUGACUCCGAUUCAGAAGACGAGACUGGUGGUCUGAAUGACGAGGAGGCCACACCGAAGCCUGUUCCAGCAGAGUUUUUCCCCGAAGAUACAACCUUCGUCGACGUUGCUGCUGGCGACAGCUGCUCCUUUGCGCUGACAACUGAGGGAGCUGUUUACGGAUGGGGCACUUUCCGCAAAAACGAAGGUAUUCUUGGUUUCGAGCGUGGCAACCACACUGCGCCGCGUCCUGUCUACCUGGAUACCGUCAAGAAGGUUACACAGAUUGUUUGCGGUACUAAUCAUGUCUACGUACUGGACAAGGACCGACACGUGUAUGCUUGGGGCAACGGUCAGCAGAAUCAGCUCGGUCGCCGCGUGACUGAGCGCAAUUUGCACCAAGCUCUGCAACCCAACAGGAUCGGCUUUCACGAUACUUCGAUCAAGAAGCACAGUCAGAGAAUAGCGUCCAUUGCAUCUGGUGACUACCACGGUCUCGCAAUAGCAGAAGAUGGUCACAUUUGGGCCUGGGGUGCGAAUAAUUAUUGUGAAACGGGCUAUACCGAUAACGCUGGUGCAGAGGAUGCCAGCGUUCUUCAGCCCAAGAUCAUACACAGCCUGGAAGGAAAGUCGGUGGAGUCACUGGCUGCAGGUGCUCACCACAACCUUGCCAUCACCAAGGAUGGGCAGGUGCUUGUGUGGGGUCGCUGCGACGGCGCGCAGACCGGUCUGCCUCAGUCUGAGCUCGAUGCUGAGACAGAUGAGGAUAAGGUGUUGAAGAACAAUGGCAAGGCCAAGAUUGUUGUCCAGCCCACGCCUCUUCCCAACCUCAAGAACGUUGUCACUGGUGCAUGCGGUCCUGAUCACAGCAUCGUCAUUGACAAGGACGGCAAGGCCUACUCAUGGGGCUUCUCGGCCAACUAUCAGACCGGCCAGGGCACUGAUGACGACAUUGAGGUGCCAACCAUGAUUGACAAUACUGCUGUUCGCGAGACGAAGCUUACCUGGGCGGGCUGCGGUGGGCAAUACAGCGUCCUUGCUAGUAAAAAGGAGUAA